GAUUGGGCAUUUGCCACGAGCAGUAGGCGUAAAAGCCCCGGGGUAUUUAGAUUUCCUCCUUACUUUGUGCCCUUAAAGAUAACUCCAGGAGGCUUAAACAUCGUAUUAUCAAUUGACUAACUCCUGGAUACAAGAACGAUGCCUGUGGCCAGCAAUAGUGCUAUACAGAUAUAUUUUCUACUGACACUAGCGAUUCUUCUCACGCUGCCACAGCCUAGGGGUAUGGUUUCGGGCGCGAGUGUGAAGUCAAUCAUAAAGACAUUGGCGAGAGCCAAGGAACGUUUAGACGUAAUAACAGAAGGACCAAAUUACCAGAGCAUAUACACGGACGAUUUGGUGGAUAAAAAAGAAGAGUUUCCAUUCAUGGUUAAUUUAGAUGCUGAAUCCGUUUUAAAGUGGGGUAUAAACAGUCAUGAAAAAACAAUACGUUUUCAAGUAACCGUUCCGAAAUUGGUAUCAGGAAUCGGUGUUGGGUUUUCUAACUACGGGGAGACGUCUCAUACCGACUGGGCGUUAUUGUGGAGCGACCUGAAAGGAAAAUCACAUUUUCAGGACUAUUGGAGUGACAACAAAAGUAUUCUUCAUCGGGAUAAAGGUCAGGAUUAUCGGCUUAUUGGUCUAUCGAAGGAAGAAAAACAGACACAGCUGACGUUCGAGAGGGCGUAUGACACAUGUGACCGUCAUGAUUACGUCAUUGACAAUGGAACCACACAUAUUCUGUUUUACACAGCAGACGGUAAUAUCGCGUCACCAGAUGGCGUUAAUGUCUCCCAUACGUCACCAAUCCUCCAAAGAGUGCAGCUUCUCAAACCAGGCAUAGAGUUGCCCUCAUUGCCCGACGACGCCCACACUUUCGAAAUUCUGGCACCGAAUGUAACAGUGCCAGCGGAAGAGACCACAUAUUGGUGCUACGUGGCCACCAUGCCGCGUCUCACGGCAAAACACCACAUCGUGCAGUUCGAGGCAGUGAUUAAGCCAGGAAACGAGCAUUUAGUUCACCACAUGGAGGUGUUCCACUGUGAAGUUCCGACCAACAAAAUAGUCCCCAGCUACAACGCGCUGUGUCACGCGGAGACAAAACCAGAACAACUGAAAAGCUGCACCCGAGUAAUUGGAGCUUGGGCCAAAGGCGCACAACCUUUUGUUUACCCGUUGGAGGCUGGCUAUUCCGUUGGCGGCCCUUCCUAUUCCACUUUUGUGUUGUUAGAGGUUCAUUAUAACAACCCUGACCGUCUAAAAGGGAAGGUGGAUAGCUCUGGGAUCCGUUUCCACUACACACCCAAGCUACGCGCCUACGACGCCGGGGUGAUGGAGCUCGGGCUGAUAUACUCAAACGCGAUGGCGGUUCCACCUGGCCGUGAGAUCUUCAAACUUUCCGGGCAGUGUGUGUCUCAUUGCACAGAAAAGGGUCUUCCAAAACCUGGAAUUAAGAUAUUUGCGUCUCAACUACACACCCAUCUUACUGGACGCCGAGUUUACACGAAGCACGUUCGGGAGGGUAUGGAACUGCCCGAACUUAACCGAGAUAACCACUACAGUCCACAUUUUCAGGAAAUCCGGCUUCUACUGGAACCAAGACUCGUUUAUCCGGGAGAUGGGCUGAUAACAAUAUGCGAGGACAAUACGAUGAAGAGACAAAAUGUUACCAUGAGUGGUUUCAGUAUUGCUGACGAAAUGUGUGUGAACUACGUCCAUUACUACCCUAAAGUGGACCUGGAGGUGUGCAAGAGUUCCAUAGACCCGGGUGUGCUGUCAAGAUACUUCACCUAUAUGAAAAAAUUCUUCCAAGCGGACACGUCGCCGCAGAAGUCCUUAAGGGAAAAUUAUUCCUCCAUACCUUGGACAAAUGAGACGUCCACGCAGCUCCAGUCUCUCUACGAUAACUUUCCUCUAGAAGUGGAGUGUAGACGAUCAUCGGGGGAAUUGUUUCCGGGAACGUGGACAGACGUGUCACAAGAUCGAAUCACCAAACCGUUUCACGCAGACGAUGACCCGUGCAGCGAGGUGUCGCUGAUGCAGGAUGCGGUCAUGACCAUUGAAAAGUCGGAACUUGAUGAAAGGACUAUUUAUUAACUAUGGAACAUCGUUUUCCUUUGGGCAGUGGGCGACGUGUAUUUGAAUUUGAUCGUAAUUGAAAUUUGAAAUUCUUCAUAUUUUAACAGAUACGAUUGCAAUUUUAAAGGUGGUGGACAAUAAAUGUAGCCUAAAGGCGUUUUUCAGCAUCUACCACACCGCAUGCCAAAA